AUGUCUCCGGCUGCAUACAUCUCCACCUCCAAGCCGUCAGCAUCAUCCAUCUUCUCGUUUCUGACCUCUGUUCCACAAGCGACGGUCACUCCUUACCACCGGCUCUUUGGGCGCGUCGUGAUCUCGCCACUGCUGUUUGGUCAUGCCACCCUGUACUUGCUUUUCUUUGUGCAGUCCAGCCAUCCCGAGUACAGCUCCCUUUUUGCGAAGCGUAUUCUGGACUCGGAUGUGCAGUGUGGCCUGGUAGCUCUUAGUGCUGCGAUCUCUCUGCUCUUCUUUGCACGGCCUCGGGGGGCUGCUCCGAAGAGCGGCAUUCGUGCAUGGUUCUCGGCGGGAUCCAUUCAAACCCGCCGGCGCUCAUUUUAUUAUGGCCAUGUUGCAUUGGUUGUUUUGUUAAGUGCGGCCGCAUACUAUCACGUUGCGCAGGCCCAGAAGUAUAUGCUUCAAGCACUAGGAGCUUCUGUGGUCAAUGGGGUGUGUUCCUUCAUGAUGGUGCGACGGGUAGGUCGCGUAUAG